CUAAAUUUUAGCCAAUACAAUAAUACGACUUGCAUAUGAUCAAUGCGAUUGGUAUUUGACUCAGUACAAUAUUUAAAGUAUAACAUACGAAUUUUAUUCUCAAACAAAUACGUAACACAUGGUACGGUAUCAGAUCAACGACCUGGGAACAAAUUGAACCGCCAGUCUAGCGCUUUCCUUUAUUAGAUGAUACUUUCUUUGUCUCUUUACCAGGAGGCAAAAGUGCUUAUAAAUUGAAUGUAUACUGCUAAGGGAAAUUCUUCCCAGUAAUACCUAAUCAAAUGGUUUAUCAAAAAUCGAUACUUGGCAGAUCUUAAAAAACACAUACUUUUAAAGUACUAUCAUUACCUUUUAUAAAGAAACCCAACCAUACCACCUGAAUAUUAUUAAAAGACAUCUUAUCUUAGUAUUCAAACCCCACCCCUUUACCUUCUCGCUCCACCCUGAUUUGCCCAUAUUAAAAAAAGAAAAAAAAUCAUUACCU